UUCCAGGAAGCGCGUCGGGCAGUCGGAUGCUCUGCUGGAAUGCCUGGGAGAGAGACCAUCCUUUUUGUCCAUUUCUGAGAGAGAGAGAGAGAGCCAGUGGGGAGGAGGUGGAGGAGAAGAGGAGGAGGAGAGGAGGAGGAGGAGGGGUGGCGAUAGGAGAGAGGAACAGACAUGGCUUCUAAAGAGAUCACUGCCUCUGGUUUCGUAAGUGUGAGCAAGGAUAUCACAGAAAGCAUCAGGAAGAUUAUCGAUAAAUCAUCUAUCAAGUUUGUUCAUGGGAUUAAGCUAGACACCAAAAAUGGCAAAACAGAGGACAGGAUACUGGUCCUAACAACAUGGCGUCUGUAUUUUCUGGCUCCAAAGAUUCCGGCUAAGGUAGAAUCGACAUUCAACUUCUUGGAGAUUCGAGCUUUGAAUUCCCACCCUGAGCACCAGGUUAUCAUCGACACUGACAAGUCCAGCUACUCCCUGAGGUUUGAGUCACGCGAAAACCUCAAUCAUGUGGUCAGCCAUAUUAAUUUCGCUUUGUCUCGAAUAUUCAACAACUCCAUUUUUGCCCCUUCCAUCUGUCAUUCAGACAGUGACCUUUCUGAGGGCAGCAGGAAGUAUUCACCCAGCUCAGAGACUUCAGUGGAAACCCAGAGGGCCUGUGGAGGCUUCUCAGAGACAUACGCCGCUCUGUGCGACUAUAAUGGCAUCAGCUGCAAGGAGGAAGUGCAGUGGGACGUGGACACCAUCUAUCACUCCCAGGACAACCGAGAGUUUAAUCUGCUGGACUUCAGCCACCUGGAGAGCAGGGAUCUGGCGGUGAUUGUCGCGUCGAUGGCAUACAACACCUGGUUCACUAAACUGUACUGCAAAGACCUGCGGAUAGGGUCAGAGGUCACUGAGCAGGUCCUGCACACAGUCAGCAAAUCGUCCAGCCUGGAGGAGAUCACUCUGGAGAACGCUGGAUUAAAAUCAGACUUUCCGCAGAAGAUGUCAGCUGCUCUUUCAGAGAACCCUGCUUCUGUCAUCCACUCGCUCAACUUGGCCCACAACUCACUGGACAACCAGGGUGUGUCCAACUUAAUCCAGCAGGUGUGUCGCCUCAGCAAGGGACUGCGUCUCCUCAACCUCUCCAAGACCUCACUCACCUCCAAAGGAGUGGUGUCUCUCUCUCAGGCUCUGUGCUCCAGCGAUGAGUACUCCAACUCUCUCCUGCACCUGGACCUGAGCAAGAACCCCGGGGUCCUCUCAGGGGAGGAUGCCUCGAACUUGUAUCUGUUCUUGUCUCAGCCCAACUGCCUGGUCCAUUUGGAUCUGUCAGGCACAGAUUGCUCUGUGGACUCUCUAUUUGGGGCUCUUCUGAGGGGGUGUUGCGCUGAUCUUUCCUUCCUCAAUCUUUCCAAAAACUCCUUCUCCCACAGGAAAGUGAAGGACACGCUGCCGCUGUUCCGGCAAUUCUUCAGCUCGGCCUUCAGCCUCACUUAUGUCAGCCUGGCCUCUAUGAAGCUGCCCCCUGAUGUUCUGAGGGCUCUCCUAACAGGGUUAACCUCCAAUCCUCAUAUCAACGACCUUCAUCUGGACAUCAGUGGCUGUGAGCUCAAGUCUGCAGGAGCUGCUGUAAUCCAGGAACUCUUCCCCAGAGUCUCCUCUAUCGGCACUCUGGAUAUCUCCGACAACGGUCUCGAUGGAGAUUUGCUCACUGUACUGCCGGCCCUCUCCAGACACCCCUCCCUCAAACACCUUUAUCUGGGCAAGAACUUCAACAUCAAAAACAGGGUUCUGGAUGAAGUCCUGCAGAAGCUGGUUCAUCUCAUACAGGAGGAGGAAUCACAGAUCCAGCGCUCUCUGGUGAGAAACAACCAGACCCAGCGUUUCUCUCAGAGACAGGCUCUGCGGCUGCACCAAGGCCUGGUUACGAGCACUGCCGAGCAGGUGAUGGAGCGCCUCUGCGUGCGGGUCCAGCAGCAGGUGUGUGUGUUACGAGGCGUCGGAGAGAUGGAGGAGAUUCAAGCUGCCAAACAAGUGUUAAAAGAGGCCAGGAACUCCCGCGCUCUGUACCCUUCACUGUGUGAGCUGGCUCAUGUGCUGUCUGUGGACGGGCCGGUGCGGCAGAGACUGGACUCUCUGGCUGGUGAACUCGCCAAAGCUGCGGACAAAGAGCUGCAGGUGAUCGUCGACUCUAUGGUGUCUCUCUGUCGCGAGCUCUGCCCUUUAUCUUCUUCUGCGGCAGAGAGGUUGAGUCCUCCACUCUCAUCUGUCUCCGAGCGCGUGUCCAUCCCUCGCUCGGCCAUCCGGACAGCUCUGAUGGAAAGGGCAGCGCAGGACAUCCACCGAGCCUUAGAAGAAGUGAAGCUGUCAGUGGUUUCCUAUCUCACCAACUCCAUCGUGGACCAGAUCCUGCAGGAGCUCUACGCCACCCAUAAGACCCUGACUCGGCAGGUGUCUCACCUGAAACGCUGGGACGGGACAUGUGAAGAUGGGACUGGCUGGAGGUUCAACAGACACAGAGACUCUCUGGACAUCACAGAUGAGGAGCUCAGCACCAGCAUAGACACAAUAGCCAUUAAGAAGCGCAGCUCGAGAACAAGACGAAUACGACCUGUCUCCACCAGGCUGAGUCUUUGUGACGACUCCAGCUCCUCUCCACCCCCCUCAGUGCCAUCCUACUCCUCACCGCUAUCCCGCUCAGCGUCCUGGGAGGGCCUGUCGGAGCUGCCUACACAGGGUCUGCCUCUCCAUCAUGUGACACGGGUUCGGCCAAGGCCUCCGCGGAGGCACAAAGGAGGGCACAUCCCUGCUGAGACACAUUGCAGUGAAAAUGGAGGAAUAAGCCCUCUUGAUGAUGGACUCCCAGAUUUCUAUACCAAAAGAGUUCUCCCUGACAGUCAGCUCUCCUCUCUGCACAAAGCUCACUCGCUGAGGAGGAAGAAGAGGAGAAAUAUGCUGGCCAUCUUCGGUUUUCGUAAAAACCGCAACCAAACUUUGUCCAAUCAGGGGCCGGAGCCUGAAGCCGAGGUUUACGGAGAUGGGUGUCACUUUGUUGCUUCAGCACCCACAGGGACAGCCACAGAGAAUGUAUACACACUCCUUCAGCCUCCAAGGUCUGCUGCCAGGGCUGGAUCUCCAGGCGAAGGGGCUGAUGGGAAGACAAAUGAUCACCAAGGGAAAACUACGCUUGUCUUGAGUCCGCCGCCAGUGCCGGGCAUCCCUCACCCGGGUGUAGGAGGAAGCAAACACCCCUUUUUUUCCCCCAGAGAGAAACCCGAAGUGGAUUCUGUGUUUGAACAUCCGGAGGAGACAGACAAGUACUGGGUGGACGACAAACAGAGGCCAACGGAGAUUCUGCAAGUGGACAAGUCAUGGAUGGAAACAAGGCAGAGCGACCAGCAUGCUGAGAAACAUUUAGAGAGACAGCGGUUUGAUAGCAGGGGGCAAGAAAAAACUUUUGGAGAACCGAGAACAACCGACAGACAAACAGACAGGUACUGGACUGAGAGCAGACACCCCGAAAGACACGUGGACAGACAGUGGACUGUUGACAGACACACCCAGCGACAGAUUGACAGAAAGAUAGAAAGACAGUGGAUGGGUGGCAGACAGAUAGACAGGUCAUGGUCGGAGAACAGGCCGACGGACAUACAGGUGGACAGUCAGUGGACUGAGAGCAGACAAGCGAGCAGGAAGACAAGUGAGAGACAAGUGCAGGCGCUUCAUUUGGCUCAAAGGCCGCUGCCUCCAUACCCAUCAGACAGGACGCCUUCGCCAAAACAGGAAACAGAUCCUCUGAAAACUACAGAGGCGUCAGCUACAGACUGGCAGCAGCAGGACACGCAGGGAGACAGACAAAUGUGUCCAGAUGCCAGUGCAGGGUUCACAGAGGGAUGGAGGAGCAGCGGAGGAGGAGGAGGGCGAGUUCCCUGUGCAACUAAACCUGAUCCCCCGCCGCAAAGCAGUAAACCCAACCUGUCCAAACUGAGGCAGAGACAUCGGCUCGAGAGCUCAGACGCUUUACCAGGUACAGAGGAGGAAGGGGAAACAGAGAGGGAUCCUGGAAAGAUGGAAAAGAAAGAGAGAGAAAAAAGAAGAGAUUCGGAGGGUCAACCUCCUCCGAUUCCAGAAAAGCCAAAGACGUCCUCGUAUGUGACUUUUUCAAAAGAAGCAGCCAAUGAGAGGAACCUACCUCCUCCUCCUGUGCCACCUCCUGUGAACAAGCCUGCACAUGGAUUACCAGACAGGGCUGCAAGUCAAGGUGAAGAAGGAUUGAGACCUCAGGCACCAGUGAAACCACAGAGGAACAGAAAGGCCAUGUCUUGUGACGCAGGCACUGACAGGGAAAGCCCUAAUAACGUUGAGAAGCCCCCAAAUCGCAAACCCCCCGUGAAAAAACCUAGACUACCCCAAAACAGAAAUAAGUCACUGGACUUGUCUGACAGCCUCAACUCAGCCUCUGGUCACAGCGAGCUGUUGUGAUGCCAGAGAAAUUCACCCGCCGCUGUCCGGCCGGAGCGUUGUCAUGACAACUGUGGAGCAUUUCAUCCAACGAGGAAACAAAGAAAAACCAUACGAGGAUGAGGAGGAGGGGGAGAGCUGGAGAGAAAAUGUCUGACAGACAUCAUAAAGCAUCAGUCACUUGCUUCUGUUGAAACACUCUUUUUCCUUAAUGUCACGUUCCUCUCUUUCUUCACCCCGGCUGUGUUUCCGUUUCCUCUCACAUGAAAACUCUUUUUGUGGCUACAGUAUUUUAACAGUAUUUGCUACUUUAGAAAACCCAAAAUGAUCAUUGUCUUUUGUGUUGGUGGACGGUGGGCUGAGUGUUGGAGCGUUGUGGCUUUGCUAGACAGAUUAAAAAAAAAAAAAGUCUUUAUUAGAAUGUGAUUUCUUAAAUCUGCAAUGCAUUUUUGACUGCUGAUACAGUUGAUUGCCUUGGUUGACACUUGAAAAUGAGUUGCUUCUUAUCAGAUGAAACUUGAUGAUUUAUAUCUAGUUUUGCUUUCAGGAACUGAAAGGUAAUAUAUUUUAUAGAAAAAAAUAAAUAUUAUGUAUGAGCACCCUCACUGUAUGAAUAAAACACUAAUGGA